AUGGAAGAUCAAUGGUCAGAUGGACCGAUAAGUGAUGAUCAACUAUCAGAUAUUGUAACAAUUGAAGAUCAAUGGUUAGAUAUGUUAGGUUUUUUUUUUCAUUUUAUAUUUGUGAUUUUAACUCAACAGGGUUUGAAGCACUUUGAUGAGAUCCUCCAAGAAGCGGAUGGCAUUAUCCUUUCUCGUGGGAAUUUGGGAAUAGACCUUCCCCCUGAAAAGGUAUUCCUGUUUCAGAAGUCUGCUGUUCAUAGGUGCAACUUGGUUGGGAAGUCUGCUAUAAUCACUCGAGUAGUGGAUAGCAUGACUGACAAUCUACGCCCCACUCGUGCAGAAGCAACUGAUGUUGCAAAUGCUGUCCUUGAUGGGACCGAUGGUAUUUUAUUGGGUGCGGAGACACUUAGAGGCCUCUAUCCCGUCGAGACGAUAAAAACUGUGGGUAGAAUUUGUGCUGAGGCCGAAAGUGUCUACAACCAGCCGCUUCAGUUCAAGAAAACGUCCAAAUAUGUUGGAGAGCCAAUGUCACAUGCCGAAUCUGUUGCGUCAUCAGCGGUUCGUGCUGCAAUUAAAGUCAAGGCUGCAGUCAUUGUCGUGUUCACGUCAUCUGGUAGAGCCGCGAGGUUGAUCGCAAAAUAUAGGCCCAUGGUACCCGUUCUAGCAGUCGUGAUCCCAAGGCUUAAGACGGACUCACUGAAUUGGAGUUUUUCUGGUACAUCACAGGCUCGGCAAUGUCUUGCAGCAAGAGGAGUAUAUCCUAUUCUGGCCAUUCCUAAUGUGGCUGGUUCGGGUGCAUUCAGUGGACAGUCUGGGCUCACACUAGCAUUGAAAUAUGGUAAGGCAGUGGGGAUAGUCAAGCCUAAUGAUAGGGCUGUCAUCUUUCAGAAAGUUGGGGACUCAUCUGUCAUCGAGAUAAUGGAUGUUCAAGACUAAGCAACACCUAUCAGUAUUUACUUCUCCCACUCCAUCUCUUUGCAUGUCCAUGUUUCCAAUCGUUGGUGGUGAACUUUACAUUAUUUUUGUUCAUCAUUUCUUUGUUCUUCUUCUCAAUUGUGCUUGCUAUUUCACUGCCACAUUGGACAGCAGUUUAAUCGAUUCUGCCAUGAUCUGCACUUGCCUGUCA